AUGUUCAAACUGGAAUCUAGUAAUACUGAAUUAGCCCCGGCACCAAAUGGACUUGAUUAUCCACAAGAAAAAAAACUGAAUCUUGAUGCUGAACCUAUUCGAAAACUUCUUGACCCAUCGAACAAUGUUAGUUUACAACCAAUAAUGAGUAAUUCAUUAGGAAAUUAUGAGCCCAAAGAUUUACCAAAAAGAACUGGACCAGGAGAAGGAGGUGAACCUGUUGUACUUUCGCCGUCAGAAGAGAACGAUGCACAAAGAUCAAUUAGAGAAUAUGGUUUUAACAUGGUUGUUUCAGAUAAAAUAUCCAUGGAUAGACGUAUCAAAGAUACCCGACCAGACGAAUGUAAAAAUUGGAUUUAUCCAAAUUCACAAUAUUUACCAACAGCUUCAGUUAUUCUUGUCUUUUAUGACGAAGGAUGGGGUGUUCUUUUACGUACUGUGCAUAGUGUAAUCAAUACUUCACCGUCUGAACUAUUAAAAGAAGUUGUUCUUAUUGAUGAUGGUAGCACUGAUGCUUCUUUACAAGAGAAAUUGGAAGAAUAUAUUAAACGUUGGAAUGGUCUUGUGAAACUCUAUCGAACGGGCAAGCGUGUUGGUCUAAUUGAAGCACGUACAAUCGGUGCACAAAAAUCAAUGGGCGAUGUUAUUAUUGUUCUCGAUGCUCAUUGUGAAUGUGUUAUUAAUUGGCUUCCACCUUUGUUAACACGCAUUGCACUCAAUCGAAAAGCAGUAGCCGUUCCGAUUGUUGAUGGGCUAGAAUGGAAUACGUUAGAACAUAAAAACAUCUAUGGUUCGACUAAUUAUCGUGGUAUUUGGGAAUGGGGAUUUUUGUAUAAAGAAACUCAAAUACCAGAUCAAGAAGCGAAGAAAAGAAAAUAUCCAUCAGAACCUUACUGGUCACCAACACAUGCUGGUGGUUUGCUAGCUAUUGAUCGUCAAUGGUUUUUUGAAUUGGGUGCAUAUGACCCAGGGAUUAAAGUAUGGGGAGCUGAACAAUAUGAACUUUCAUUUAAAGUGUGGCAAUGUGGUGGUGUUGUCGAAUGGGUACCUUGCUCACAUGUUGCGCAUGCCUAUCGAGGUCCUCGAAGUCAUCCAUCGCAUGUACCUGGAACAAGUCCAUAUCAAACCUCAAUAAAUCAUUUACGUGUAGCUCAUGUAUGGAUGGAUGAAUAUGCUGAAUAUUAUUAUAGGCGUGAGCCAGCUAUUCGUAAAUUAAAAUUUGGUGAUAUAUCAGAAAGAAAGAAAAUUCGAGAAAAACUACAAUGUAAAUCAUUUAAAUGGUUUAUGGAAACUAUAGCAUAUGAUGUUUUGGAAAAAUAUCCACCACCAUCGAGCAAUGUUGGCUGGGGUGAAUGUAAAAAUGUUCAACAUUCCGUUUGUUUAAAUGAUCUUGGUGCUUCAUUUGGUCAACCAAUUGGUGUUUCUGGUUGCUAUGGACAGGCGUCUUGGCGUUUGAAUGAAGGAGGUGAAAUUGCGUCUGGUGAACAUUGUUUCAUAUCUGAUCAUGAUAUCGUAAAGAAAAAAUUUUGUUUGGAAUAUGAUGGCCGUUGGAAUCCGAUUGGCGAAUGGCAAUGGGAUAAUAAAACGCAACAAAUUCGAAGCAAUAAAGAACAUUUAUGUAUGGAAACAAAUGGUCGUAAUUUAAAAUUAGCAAAAUGUGAUGAAGACAACAAAUCACAAAAAUGGAUCUGGAGGGAAACUUACUACUGA